AUGGGCGGAUUGAUGGGACCGGUCACUUGCAUUGCGAUCACUAGCAAUGACGCUUUUGUGGCGGUGGCUUGUGAGGAUGAGACAUCACUGAGUCGAUCAUUUGAUGCAAAUCGAGUGAUCGCACAUCUCUCGAAACGUGCUCAACUCCCGAUUCUUUGUCUUCACCACACACCGGCCGGUCCGGAUCUCGCGAAAGAGAGACGACGAAGUGCCCGAGCACAUUCGAUUAGCAGUGCCGGAAGUAAUUUAAGCGAAUCGAAAAAAAGACUCAAUGGCCAACAUCGUCGUACCAAAAAGAUCAAAAUCCCGAACUUCACUGGUCGAAAAGGAUCGAAGCACCGCUUACCCGUUCCGGUGGCCGCUCCAGCUCAAAAAUCGAAUACAUGUGGCAUUUUA